GGAGCCACAGCAUCACAACCACCACCACCACCACCGCCGCCACCAUGGCUCCAGCUCGCGAUACUCCGUUCCGCUCGGCGGACAUGAGUAUGGUGCAGUUGUAUAUUUCAAAUGAAAUCGGCAGAGAGGUCGUCAACGCCCUCGGAGAGCUUGGCCUGGUCCAGUUCAGAGACCUGAAUGGAGAGGUCACCGCAUUCCAACGAGCCUUCACCCAGGAGAUCCGACGCCUCGAUAAUGUCGAACGUCAACUGCGUUACUUCUACGCACAGAUGGAGAAGGGCGGCAUCCCUCUGAGGAAGCUCGACCUUGACAUGGAGACUCUCGCCCCGCCUACCACAACCGAGAUCGAUGAGCUUGCCGACAGGAGCCAGGGGCUCGAGAACCGCGUCUUCCAGCUGAACGACAGCUACGAGACCCUCAAGAAGCGAGAGGUCGAGCUGACAGAGUGGCGAUGGGUCCUCCGCGAGGCCGGUGGGUUCUUCGACCGCGCCCACGGCAACGUCGAGGAGAUCCGAGCCUCGACCGACGAAGACGAUGCACCACUCCUACAGGAUGUCGAGCAGCACAACUCCGCUCCCGAUGUGGAUCACUCCUUCUCGGUCAUGAACAUCGGCUUCGUCGCGGGUGUCAUCCCGCGCGAUCGGGUCGCUGCCUUUGAGCGCAUCCUGUGGCGUACCCUCCGCGGCAACUUGUACAUGAACCAGUCCGAGAUCCCUGAGCCCCUGAUCGACCCUAGCAACAACGAGCCGGUCAACAAGAACGUCUUCGUCAUCUUCGCCCACGGCAAGGAGAUCCUGGCCAAGAUCAGGAAGAUUUCCGAGUCGAUGGGGGCUGAGGUCUACAAUGUCGACGAGAACAGCGAUCUCAGGAGGGAUCAGAUCCACGAGGUCAAUGCUCGGCUGAAUGACGUCCAGAACGUGCUCCAGAACACCCAGCAGACCCUGAACGCCGAGCUGACGCAGAUCUCGCGAUCUCUGUCGGCCUGGAUGGUCCUCGUUGAGAAGGAGAAGUCCGUGUACAACACGCUCAACUUGUUCUCCUACGACAGAGCACGUCGAACCCUGAUUGCGGAGGGCUGGUGUCCGACCAACGACCUGCCCCUCAUCCGGUCCACGCUGCAAGAUGUGAACAACCGAGCCGGCCUCUCGGUGCCGUCCAUCAUCAACGUUAUUCACACCAACAAGACGCCCCCCACCUAUUUGAAGACAAACAAGUUCACCGAGGCGUUCCAGACCAUCGUCAAUGCCUACGGUACCGCCACAUAUCAAGAGGUCAACCCGGCGAUUCCUGUCAUCGUCACCUUUCCCUUCCUUUUUGCCGUCAUGUUCGGCGAUUUUGGCCAUGCGUGUAUCAUGCUGAGCGCGGCUCUCGCCAUGAUCUACUGGGAGAAGCCGCUCAAGAAGGUUACCUUUGAGCUUUUCGCCAUGGUCUACUACGGACGUUAUAUUGCCCUCGUCAUGGCCGUCUUUUCUGUCUUUACUGGUCUCAUCUACAAUGAUGUCUUCUCCAAGUCGAUGACCCUCUUCCCGAGCCAGUGGGAGUGGAAUCCUCCAGAUGUGUACCACGAGGGGCUCCAGAUCAGCGCCAAGCUCAAGGGCGACUACCGUUACCCGUUCGGUCUCGACUGGAUGUGGCACGGCACCGACAACGACCUGCUCUUUUCCAACAGCUACAAGAUGAAGAUGAGUAUCAUCCUGGGCUGGGCACACAUGACCUACUCGCUCUGUUUUGCCUACAUCAAUGCGAAGCACUUCAAGAGGCCGAUCGAUAUCUACGGCAACUUCAUUCCAGGCAUGAUCUUCUUCCAGGCCAUCUUCGGGUACCUGGUUGUGUGUAUCAUCUACAAGUGGACUGUGAACUGGCCUGCUAUCGGAAAGCAGCCUCCUGGUCUGCUGAACAUGCUCAUCUACAUGUUCUUGCAGCCCGGUACUCUUGACGAGGAGCUGUACCGGGGACAAGCCUUCGUCCAGGUGUUCCUACUCCUCCUUGCGCUGAUUCAGGUUCCUAUCCUCCUCUUCCUCAAGCCCUUCUACCUGCGGUGGGAGCAUAACAAGGCACGAGCCCUGGGUUACCGUGGCCUCGGCGAGAGCUCUCGGGUCAGCGCCCUGGACGGCGAUGAUGGCGAUGAUAACGGCCAUGCUAUCGAUGGACGGCCGAGUAUCAACAGUGAUGACGAGGGUGUCGCCAUGAUUACCCAGAACAUUGAUGAUGGCGAACAUGAAGAGUUUGAAUUCAGCGAGGUCAUGAUCCACCAGGUGAUCCACACGAUUGAAUUCUGUUUGAACUGUGUGUCUCACACUGCAUCCUACCUUCGUCUCUGGGCCUUGUCUCUUGCCCAUCAACAACUCAGCGCUGUGCUCUGGAGCAUGACGCUUGAUCCUGCCCUGAGCAUGUCUGGGGUUGCCGGCGUCAUCGCGCUGGUCAUCUUCUUUACUGCCUUCCUCCUUCUCAGUGUUAUUAUUCUCAUCAUCAUGGAGGGUGUGUCUGCCAUGUUGCAUUCCCUCCGGCUGGCAUGGGUCGAAUCUUUCUCCAAGUUUGCCGAGUUUGAUGGUUGGCCGUUUGCGCCCUUCUCCUUCAAGACCAUGCUGGAGGAGUCGGAAGAGCUCAAGGAGUACCUUGGUUGAUUAUUGAUGUAUUCUUGUGUUUUUCUGGUUUUGUGUUUGAGAGAAGAAUGUAAACAUAGAGUGUACUAUUCUGCAUAGCAAUUUUGAACAGACCUUCUACGAGCGCGCC